AUGUACGUGUAUUAUUUAAUUAUUAAUAUUUCACAAUAUGAAAAACCGGAAGAUGAAAAGAAAAACCUGAUUUUUCUUCUUUUUCCUUAUUUUAUUUACAAUUCAAAUUUUGCGGUGGCGCACUGCGCUAAAUUUUUCAUGCUUUUGCUUUGUUCUGUGUCUGGGUUCUUCAUUUUUAUCAAAACAAAUUAUGAAUUUGUAGGGGGUUCAUUUAAUAAUUGUAUUAAAACAGCGAAAGGUUGCAUGAACGUGUUAUCUGUUGAUAAUUGUAGCAGUAAAAUUAUGUGCUUGUUUAAAUGGAUUAUACAAGACUUCUGUUCUCAUUUUAAAAUAAGUAUUUAUUCCUAUUGGUGUAAAACGAUUCUUUUAUCUAAAUAA